AUGUCCUCCACACACGAGCGAUCCAUUCCCGGCCUUUCCGCCCUGUCCCCCACCGUAAACCCCGAACAAUGCUACAGCGCCCUCUCCUUCUGCCUCCCCACCUCCCUCGCCUUCGCCAAACGCCUAACCUGGGAGCAAACCCCAUGGAUCCCCCACACACUGAACCUGAAAUCCGUGAACCCAAUCGACGAAGCCGACACGCACCGCAUCGCCGCCUACCUGUCCCUCCACGGGCACUCAGUCUCAGCUCGAGACGUACAAUGCGCGUUGCUGUUCGGAAGCACAACACCCAGUCAAGACAAGAUGACAGAGGGAAUGGGGUCGUGUCCGCACCUCUUCGUCAUCUUUCCCCACGCAAGCAUGGUCCCGUGUAUCGACACCGAAUUCCUCAAAAUCUGGCACGAUGAGAUUGUCAAACCGGCGUUCGACCGCGCUUGGAAAGACUCCGGUCUCGCGUUCGUGUACGGGUCGUCACUAGACACACCAACCCGUGUCUUGCCUCCAACAGGCGUCCGCACGUCACGCGACGCGUUUCCAGCAUCUGGCUUCCUCGAGCGCCUGCGCAAAGGGAAGACCGGGGCUGUGCGAGACUACUGGCCUAGCUGGACGGAUGACUCGUGGUAUCUUGGUCUUGAAGGGAAAUAUACGGGUACACGGACUGCGAUAUACGAGACAGCCUGGGACGCCAUAAAGGGCAUGUUGAAGGACCAUCCGCAAUUAUUGUCGUACCAGGAUCCCAUCUUACUGGCGGUGUCGAGGGGAGUGGUGCAUGUGAAUCCUAGGUUGAGUACGAAAGACAAGUACAGAUACGUCGCGCAGGAGUGGGAUCGGCUUGUUGAUUCGCGGUUCGUCAAAGAAGGGAGUUUUCAGGUGGUUUUCGAGACGGUGGUGGGUAAUACGCCGGAGCCGGACGACUAUCUUGAGGACGAGGAGAUGUUGAGGGAUGAGGACCUGCUGGAUGAGGGGGAAAUCAAGAAGAUCAGGGAUAAGGAGGAGAUGUUGAAGAAAGAGGAGAUCCUAGCGAUUGAGAAGAUGGAGGCGGAUGAGCCGGUCGUGACAGUUGGGCCGGUGGAGACGACUUUGGCCGUGGAAGGAAACAGCGAAGGCAUCAAGAGGAAGGAAGACUUCAGAAUACCUACGAGUGAGGACGAGUAUCGCAAUAAGCGGAGGAGGAGGGAAUAG